AUGAUGCAAACAGAAGAGGGAAACUUCCCCCUUAACUAUUUGGGAGUCCAACUUAGACCAACUAAGUGGCGUGCCACUGACUACGAAGUUAUUAUUGAUAAGAUUCACAAAAGGUUACACAGCUGGGCUAGUAGAAACUUGUCCUUUGUUGGAAGGGCGCAAUUGAUUCACUCAGUUCUGUUGGGAAUUAGGAACUUCUGGAUGAGCUUGUUUAUUCUUCUUCAGAAAAUCACUGCAGCAAUUGACAAAUGUUGUAGGGACUUUCUUUGGGGGUCCAAAGAUAACCGCAGCAAGAUGCACUUGUCCUCGUGGGAAAAAGUUGAAUUUAAACCUGAUGCGAGCUGGUAUUUCAAGAAACUUUUGCGGCUGAGAAGCACUAUUGACAGGUCAGAUAUUGUCAAUGCUAGUAAGAGUGGUAAGUUCAAAACCAACAUAUUUUACAUAUCAGCUAACCCCAUGCAAAAAGUUGAUUAUGCUAAUCGAAUUUGGCAUAAGAUAUGCAUCCCGAAACAUAGAUUCAUUGGCUGGCAGGCGAUUAAUAAUCAGCUCUUGACAAGAGACCACAUCAGUAAGAUCACGCUGAUUUCAUAUGAACUUUGUCCAGUGUGUUUAAAUGACAAAGAGACUCAUGCUCACAUCUUCAUGGAUUGUCCAUUUACUUUGAAGGUUGUGGCUGAUGUUAACAAGUGGUUAGGGAGAUUAGAUUGGCCGAAGAGCUCCAAAGACUGGUAUGAUUGGUUUUCCAAACCCCUCAAAAACUUGCAGGAAAAAUUGUUCAAUGUUGUUUGCUUGGCUAUUGUCUAUAACAUUUGGGUUAAUAGAAAUAAUUGUAUUUUUGAGCUUAGUUGCAAAUCAGUCUCUUGUAUUAGCAUGGCUAUUAAGAAACCUGUCAAAUACAGGUGUAUGAGCUUUGUAGGUACUAGCAAAAGCAAGAUUGAUGCACAUUUAUGUAAAGUUAUAGCUAGCUCGUAG